GCAUACGCAUUACCGUUACACUGCUGAAACUGAAACCACACCAACCAAACGCCACCCGAUCUCUGAAAAAAACACCGAGCAUCCCAACAGCAAUAGCAGAGAUGCUGCUGGCUCGCGCCUCCCCCAGCUUCCUCCCAUCGACCUCCUCAUCCCCUACCCCGUCGACGCCGACGCUGCCACCGUGCGCGUCCUUCGGCAGGAACCAGCGCACCGGCGGCGUCGGCCUAACCGCGGCAUCGCCUCACUGCGCCGUCAGACGGCCCGUGAUGGCGGGAGCGGCAGCGGGGGCAGUGCCGGCGGCGAAGCUUGAGGACGCCGAGGCGCUCAUCGACUCCGUCGAGACCUUCAUAUUCGACUGCGAUGGGGUGAUCUGGAAGGGCGACAAGCUGAUCGACGGCGUGCCGGAGACGCUCGACCUGCUCAGAUCAAAGGGCAAAAGGCUGGUGUUCGUGACCAACAAUUCGACCAAGUCGAGGAAGCAGUACGGGAAGAAGUUCGAGUCGCUCGGGCUGAGUGUCAACGAGGAAGAGAUAUUUGCGUCGUCCUUCGCAGCCGCUGCGUACCUGGAGUCCAUUGAUUUCCCCAAAGAUAAGAAGGUUUAUGUGAUUGGAGAGGAAGGAAUUCUCAUAGAGCUAGAGUUGGCUGGCUUUCAGCACCUUGGUGGACCAACAGAUGGUGACAAGAAGAUUGAGCUGAAGCCUGGAUUCUACAUGGAGCAUGACAAAGAUGUUGGAGCAGUUGUGGUUGGAUUUGAUCGCUACUUUAACUACUACAAAGUUCAGUACGGGACGCUUUGCAUACGCGAGAAUCCUGGGUGCCUUUUCCUUGCAACAAACAGGGACGCUGUCACUCAUCUCACUGAUGCCCAAGAGUGGGCAGGUGGCGGGUCGAUGGUAGGCGCUGUUCUUGGCUCAACCAAACAAGAACCACUCGUCGUCGGGAAGCCAUCAACAUUCAUGAUGGAUUACCUGGCAAAGAAGUUUGGAAUCACAACAUCUCAGAUAUGCAUGGUAGGUGACCGUUUGGAUACCGACAUUCUGUUUGGGCAAAAUGGAGGCUGCAAAACUCUUCUGGUUCUCUCAGGUGUGACGUCUGUGGAGACGCUUCAGAGCCCCAACAACACGAUCCAGCCAGAUUUCUACACGAACCAAAUUUCUGAUUUUCUCACCCUCAAAGCAGCAACAGUAUGAACAAAAAUGUGAACGGACUGUUUUAGCUGGGGGGGUGCCCCUUACUUUUGUAUAGCAACUAAGAGAUCACAAGGAUUUUUUUUUCUUUUUCAUGACGAUUUGUAAUCGUGAGACCAGAUCUUUAUAAGCAAGCAUGUAUUAAAUGCAAUAUCAAAUGGAUCUGCUGCCAA